UUUCUAUGCAAAUUUGGUCUGUUCGACCAAAAGGUUCAUACUGCAGCUUUAAGGGUUAGGGACGUCCCAAGGAUCCCUGAUAGCACUAACGCUGGAAAGUAUCUCGUUCAUAAACGAAAGUGUAAACUAGUCCGAGUUAAUCAAACAGGUUUUCAUUUGGUGCUUGUACUUGGAAAGGAUUGUGGUCCAGCAGAAUAUAAAACUAGUGAUGGUCAGUGCUGCCCAAUGUGUAAUAAAGGCUUGGUGGUCCGCAGAGAUUGUACAUUGGAGUCCAGCACAUCUUGCAUACCCUGUAUCAGAGGGACCUUCAUGAACGAGGCCAAUGGUCUAACCAAGUGCUUUCCCUGCACUCCCUGUGACCCAGGACAGGGCCUGUUCACUCAGACAGAGUGCAAACCAACAAGUAACACAGUCUGCGACGUUCUAGAUGGAUACUACUGUAGAAGCUACUCAUCCAACUCUGAGUGUAACUUUGUAGUAGAACAUACACACUGUUCACCGGGCCAGAGUACUAAAUCACCUGGAACAAAGACAACAGAUACCAUGUGUGAGGAGUGUCAGCAUGGAUUUUACUCACAACAUGGUGUGAACUGCACUGCCUGGACUGAUUGUGCAGCAAUGAGACGCGUGAAGACUGAAGAUGGAAAUUCUAGUCAAGAUGUUAUUUGGAACAAAGUGCCACCAAGGAGUCAUGUCACUCUAAUAGCUCCAAUAUUAUUAUUAUUAUUAUUAUUAUUAGUAGCUGUACUGUUUUGUUUCUACCUGGCAAGAGGUUGGUCCUUUGUUUAUUUAACUUUAUUUCUCUAUUAAAUGAGUCACUUCUUUAAAGGCAUGUAAUUGUCAUGUAACUUGCUAUUGUAAUACAUAAACAUGCAGUUAAUGGUGAGUUGUCUUUACCCUACUAAUCUGAUUACUCUUGUUGUGUUUUCAGCUAAACGUAAGAAAGAGCUGCAUGAAUUCUGUGAGGUUCCUGUGCAAGAAACGGGACCUCAGCAAGAAACGGGACCUCAGCAAGAAACGGGACCUCAGCAAGAAACGGGACCUCUACAAGAAACGGGACCUCUACAAGUCACCAGUAACUCCCUAGUGAAAACAGCAGAGAAUGUGCCUGGUAAUGUUGUAAGUGAUUGACAGUCCAGAGUGAAAACAGCAGAGAAUGUGCCUGGUAAUGUUGUAACUGAUUGACAGUCCAGAGUGAAAACAGCAGAGAAUGUGCCUGGUAAUGUUGUAACUGAUAGACAGUCCAGAGUGAAAACAGCAGAGAAUGUGCCUGGUAAUGUUGUAACUGAUAGACAGUCCAGAGUGAAAACAGCAGAGAAUGUGCCUGGUGAUGUUGUAACUGAUAGACAGUCCAGAGUGAAAACAGCAGAGAAUGUGCCUGGUAAUGUUGUAACUGAUUGACAGUCCAGAGUGAAAACAGCAGAGAAUGUGCCUGGUAAUGUUGUAACUGAUUGACAGUCCAGAGUGAAAACAGCAGAGACUGUGCCUGGUAAUGUUGUAACUGAUUGACAGUCCAGAGUGAAAACAGCAGAGAAUGUGCCUGGUAAUGUUGUAACUGAUUGACAGUCCAGAGUGAAAACAGCAGAGAAUGUGCCUGGUAAUGUUGUAACUGAUUGACAGUCCAGAGUGAAAACAGCAGAGAAUGUGCCUGGUAAUGUUGUAACUGAUAGACAGUCCAGAGUGAAAACAGCAGAGAAUGUGCCUGGUAAUGUUGUAACUGAUUGACAGUCCAGAGUGAAAACAGCAGAGAAUGUGCCUGGUAAUGUUGUAACUGAUAGACAGUCCAGAGUGAAAACAGCAGAGAAUGUGCCUGGUAAUGUUGUAAGUGAUUGACAGUCCAGAGUGAAAACAGCAGAGAAUGUGCCUGGUAAUGUUGUAACUGAUUGACAGUCCAGAGUGAAAACAGCAGAGAAUGCGCCUGGUAAUGUUGUAACUGAUUGACAGUCCAGAGUGAAAACAGCAGAGAAUGUGCCUGGUAAUGUUGUAACUGAUAGACAGUCCAGAGUGAAAACAGCAGAGAAUGUGCCUGGUAAUGUUGUAAGUGAUUGACAGUCAGCAUCCACUAAACUCUGAUGAAGUGCCAUGAAUGCAUGCAGAUACCCAGAAGGCUGUAAAACUGGAGCAUGCAGAUACCCAGAAGGCUGUAAAACUGGAGCAUGCAGAUACAGUAUAGGCAGGAGAUUACAUGAAUCCAGUACUUAUGAACUGCAAUGCAUUUGCACCUGCAUUUUGACUAUUAAGUGUACUUAUCUGGAGUGGACUGUUGAAUACAGUGAAUGCCAAGAGUGUGCAAAGCUGCCAUCAAGGCAAAGGGUGGCUACUUUGAAGAAUCUCAAAUAUAAAAUGUAUUUGUACUUUUUGGUUACUACAUGAUUCCAUGUGUGUUAUUUCAAAGUGUUAAUGUCUUCACUAUUAUUCUACAAUGUAGAAAAUAGUAAAAAUACAGAAAAACCCUGGAAUGAGUAGGUGUGUCCAAACUUGACUGGUGCUGUAUGUGUAUAAAAAGUAUACAGUAAAGUAUUUGGUCCCAUAUUCAUAGCACACAAUGACUACAACAAGCUUGUUUGUUUUGGUUGUGUUUCAGAUUAUUUUGUGCCCAGUAGAAAUAAAUGGUAAAUAAUG